ACCUACAAUGGCGGGGAACACGAAAAAAUUGGCGCCCAGAUAAGCAAGGAAUUAGCUCGCCCGCUCUAACUGCAAUCAAUAGUGCGAGUUAUUAUUCUUCUUAUCUUCACGACAUCGAAGGUUGUAUCGAUCUAUUAGGGUUCAGAGAUGGGUAGGAAAAAGAAAUCUAGGGCUUCGACAAACGAGGAAGAUGAGUUUGAGAGUGGUAAUGAUGGGCGAUCUUCUGAGACUAGUCUUUACGAGGUUCUUGGAGUUGAAAGAACAGCUACUUCACAGGAAAUAAGAAAAGCCUACCAUAAAUUGGCAUUGAGGCUUCACCCAGAUAAAAAUCGAGAUGAUAAGGAAGCUAAAGAGAAAUUCCAGCAGCUACAAAAAGUGAUUUCAAUUCUUGGGGAUGAAGAGAAAAGAGCUGUCUAUGAUCAAACUGGCUCUGUUGAUGAUGCUGAUAUUUCUGGCGACGUAUUUGAGAAUUUGCGGGAUUUCUUCAAGUCCAUGUACAAGAAGGUCACCGAAGCAGAUAUUGAAGAGUUUGAGGCAAACUACAGGGGAUCUGAGUCAGAGAAGAAAGACUUACUUGAACUCUUCAACAAGUUUAAGGGUAAAAUGAACAGGCUAUUCUGCUCAAUGCUUUGCUCAGACCCUAAGCUUGAUUCACACCGUUUCAAAGACAUACUUGAUGAGGCCAUUGCAGCAGGGGAAGUGAAGUCAAGCAAGGCAUAUGAGAAAUGGGCAAAGAAAAUUUCAGAAACGAAACCGCCCACCAGUCCAUCGAGGAAGAGGAAGAAUAGGUCAGCAAAGAGUUCAGAGACAGAUCUUUGCUUGUUGAUUGCGCAACGAAGAGAUGCGAGGAAAGGGAAAGUGGAUUCAAUGUUUUCAUCACUCAUCUCUAGGUAUGGUGGUAAUGCUGAAGCAGAGCCCACUGAAGAAGAAUUUGAAGCUGCCCAGAGAAGGAUUGAAAGCAGAAGACCAUCCAAGAAGUCAAGAGGAAAGUAAAAGGUUAUAGAGCAGAGUUGUCUUCCUAUUAGUUUGUGAUGGAACAAGUAGUAUGCUUAUUGUUUUAAAUUGCAUCCAUUUCCAAAUUUCGCACAUAAUUUGAUCAUUACUUUAUAAAUAGAGUAAUUAUCUUGUUAA